UACUCUGCAAGUUUCGUCUUUGAGUUCUCCAUGACUAAAUACAUGUUGCAUGACUAUGGAUGUUGGUAACAUUGUUGAUCAUUUCGAUCUUCUUUGUUAGAGGUGUUGGUCGCUCCAUAUUAUAAUUCAAGCUGUCCAAAUUAUGAAUAGAACAUGAUUUGACUGUAUCUGAUUAGCCAUGAGUUGAAUUUUGUACUCGUCUAGUUAAAAUCUGUCUUCUUAUGAAUCAAAUAAGUUGGGAUACUUUCUAAAUGCUUUUAAAUAUGGCAGAAUUUUAUUUUGCUGCCGUUUUUUCAUUCUUGAAUGACCCUUUCUAAUCUCAUGUCUCAAGUUAUCUAAUGGUUUGAUACUCAUGGUGAAAAUUCUGAAGGCUUCAGAUUGUCUGUACCUUUGGUUUCUUUACUGAUGCUCUGUUGGAGGAGUAAUAGUAUAGUGUUCCAGGAACAUCUCACACUUUUUGUAGAAAUUCUUCUAGAACAAAUCAAUUAUUUCUUUCUUACUUGGAUUAUCUCCUAAAAUACCAUGCCAUGGCCGGCAACAUAUCCAUGCCUGUUUCUUGACCUCUUAAUAAGGUAGUCGGUCGGGGAAGAAAUUCCCCUGCAUGGUGGUAGCCAUUUCCAUGUUUAGGAAAACUUUCCAACUUUAUGGGAAACUGUGGGUGCUUCACUGCUUUAUAUCAGUGGUAUCACUCAACACAUAUUUAUCUACAACCUUUCGGAAGCUUCCUCUUCGGAUCACGUGCACUGCUUUUCUGGGUAUGGUCGCUUGGGGCGGUUUUCUACAAUCUAGUACUUGGCAAUAUGUGGAAGGUACUAGAAGCAGUUGUUCUUUCUUGGUUGACAAGGUUGGGCAUAGCGAUGUCCGGGCCAUUAAGGUAAAUGAAGUAGAGGUUUGGUCCACUACUAGUCUGACAGGCCGUAAGAGUUGGGUUCAGGGUCAACUUGAUGUCCUUUUGGCAUUGAAUGAGCAGAUGAGCAGUAUCCACAGAAAGGAGUAAUGGCUGAAUAAGAGGACUAGAGAGUUGGAUCCCAUGCCCUUAGAUUGCUCUAAUCAUCUUCCCUUUGAAAUUUUAUUGGAGUUGUAUUUUGAACUUAAGUAUUUUCAGUUGGGCUUGUAAUUGUACUAUGAUUUGUUAUAUGGAUUGUCAUAUUUAAAAUAAUGAAUUCGUGUUAAGUAACUUAAUCAUUUUUAAAAAUUGUCUAUUUAAUGCCACCGAAAAUCAGGGCGUUACACAAAACUAAUGGACAAGUAGCUUUUGAAACUUGAUUUAAAAACUCAUCAAAUUUUGAAAGUGUGCCAAAUGCAUGUUAGGUGAUGUCAUGAUAUUGGAAUGGUGAACCCAAAUUUCUAUUCUAACAUGUUGAUGAAAGGCGUUAAUUGAAAAAUAUCUCUUGAAUGUUUGUAAGGUUCAUUACUUUUUUCCUUGUGAAGGUGAUAAGCAAAACAUUCAUGCUAAAUGAACACAUGAUAGCAUGGUAUAAAGGGCGUUAGAGCAAUGAUCUCCAACAACAAAAUGGAUCUACUAAUUUAUUAUAUAUCUCUUUGACUUUAAGCAAAAUUUCAAUUUAGUUCUUCACGUUUCAAUUUGGACAAACAUGUACUUCUAUUUUUGAAUUGGUUUCAAUGUCAACCAUUGGUUGGAUGGUGUUAGGUUUUUCG